UGGCACUUGCUUCCUUGUUUCCCACGGACAUACGUUGAGCUUCUCACCCUGAGCACUUCACUCACUAGUACUAACCCACCCGACAAAGUCAGAAUGGCUCAACAACAGAAAUUACCUCGGGCCGUGCCGCAAACGGCGUUGACAGGAUGCCUCCGCGACCGCAUCCAAGCCCAGCAAGACCAGCUUGACGGGAAACGGUUCUUGAGUCUGGAUAUAGAAUCAUACGAGCGAGAUCACGCCUUCCUCACCGAAUUCGGCUGGUCUAUCUCGCACCCCAGUGCCACCGGCCCUCCCACAAUCACCGCCAAACACUUCAUAGUCCAAGAGUACCUCUGCUUCCAAAACGGCGCAUAUGUCCCCGACUUCCGCUACUCUUUCAUGCACGGCGACAGUGAGACGAUCCCGCUCGGCGAUGUUUUGCAGCAUCUGGAAGAGGAUUUGUCGGUGGAGGGGACGGUGCUGAUCGGACAUGGGAUUACAUCGGAUUUCGAUAUGUUGGAGUCGGUUGGGUUUGAUCCGAGGGACUUUGUGAGCAAGAUUUAUGAUACAAAGCAGAUCUUUCAGGCGAAGUUUGCUGUGCCGGCUCCUAACCUUGCGAAGAUGUGCGAAAAGCUCGGCUUUGAAACAAAAUAUCUUCACAACGCAGGAAACGAUGCUUACUGGACCUUGAUAGCCUUCUUGUCAAUGCUCAAGGAUUGAUGUUCUUCUCGGCGUAUCUUGCUAGCCAUCCGCCGCGGCGUAUAUAUUCCCGUACUUCAAGUGACCAUGUGGUCACCAGAUGCUCUUUCAUCUGCAGGAUAUAUAGCAUUCCUCCUCUGCCUGACACAUAAUGCUGAAUACAACCUCG